UCUAAAGCAUGAGCUGAGGAAAGUGGGGCUGGUGCUCUCCGACAAAGCAUACAAGGAUCUGCAGAGAUUCCUGGCAGUUUAUGAUGGUGGGAAGAUGUAUAAGAAACGACUGCUCAAUUGUGUAAAGAAUCUCAAAGGGACACGGAUCAAAAUAAAAAAAGUGGAAUCUUUCUUGGAAAACCUGGGAAUUAAGAUCAAAGAUGAGGAACUUGAAGAGCUAAUGGCCCAGCUACCAUCUGAGGGUAACAGAACGGUGGAUCUAAAUGAACUGAUCAAUGUCAUCAGUUACAUCAAGGGAGAAACCAUUGACAGCCAGAACUUGGAAAAGUUCCUGGCAAACGAGGGGAUUGAGCUCACCGAGGACGAGAUGAAGGACCUGAUGCCUUACCUGGAAUUUGACGGAAACGGGAAGGUUACCAUCCGAUCCAUAAUGGAGGGCCUGAGGAAGUUUAAACCCAAAGGAAUGAUGAAUCUGCACAAGCUGUUAAGAACCACCAGCAGCAUGAACGAAAGAGUCUCUGGCCCCAUGGCAGUUUCAGGAAUUAAAUCAACACUGAAGCUGAAGCCCCUCAAAGCACCCGCCUUUCACAAAAGAGAUAAAGAUUUACGAGGAUCUCUUCCAAGUCAUUUACAGCAUAAAGAUACGAAGCUGAGCUCUUCACAACUGGAAGCCUUCCAAAAUGCUUACAACUUCUUCACCAAGGAUAAGACUGGCUGUAUUGAUUCACAUGGAUUGAUGAGCACCUUAGCUAAACUCGGGAUGAAUCUAAACACGUAUGAUAUCUACAAUGAAUUAAAAUGUGCUGAUCUUGACAGAGACGGCAAGAUCAACUUCUCAGAUUUUGUAGGGGUGCUGACAGAUAAGAAACUCUUCCUCAAGGCUGUGGUUCCCGAAAAGAAACUGUGUUUAGAUUUAGCUAACAACCCCGGGAUCUUAUUAUUUGAAAUCCUAUCAAAACUUGUAGAGACUUCAUCCCUGCACAGAAAGGAUGUAAUAGAGCUAGUAAGCUAUUUCCGAAAAAAAUUCCAGGAAAGCCACUCGGAAAUGCCAUGGAGUCCGUAUGGGAGAAGGGGCUUUAGGCCAGAUAUAUGCACUCCUCCGCGCUCAAGCACUGCUGCCUUUGCCAAUUCUGCCAAGAUUUCGAUAAUGAAGGAAAAGGAUUUGUAUAAGUUUCUUGAAGCACUCAAGCGGUGUGAUCUCCCUACAGGUAGCCCAUACUCAAAAAUACCUGUCUUUCCGUUGUUCCCUGAUGUGGACGGGGUGGUAAUGGGAAAGCCAUUCAAAGACAUACAGAAGCUAGAGAUGCUGAGGAAAAAGGAACCUCUGAGUUUCUUCGAGGACUAUUUUUUCCAUAAAAGAGAUUGGAAAGCACAGGCCGCGGCUAUGAAGCCCGUCAGGUCCGCCUCAGGCUAUUCAGAUGACAUCCUAGCCAUUGACCACCUCUUCAAGAAGAAGCAGCACUGGACCGUGUCCGAUGCGGCAACCCUCAAACAGCACGUAAAGAGAGCCACAGACGCCUAUAACUUAGGAAUUGCCCUCGAGCACCGGAAAGAAAUGCUGAAUCUUUGGAGAAAGAUCCGAGGGGAUUUGAUUGGGAUUGAGACAAACAACGAGUCCUUCUACAACACCUUCUCCACGUACACAUGGUCCUGGAAUGUCUGCCAAGAGCUGCUUACCGCUAAGGACUUGCGGCUGCAUGACAGCUACGCGAACAAAAACUCCUCCAGCAAUUCUGGGUUUUCUUCCCCAUCAGACCUCAGCGAGUAUGACCUGGAGACAGGACGGAAAAGGAAACGGAAAGGUUUCAGAGGGUUUCGGCAAUGA